CGGAUGGUUACUAUGGCGAAGGUUUGUGCUGGUUUAACAAAUAGUUCCAGUAUUCAAAAAAUAUAUUUUAUCUGACUUUCAAACCAUCAAGCUAAGAUUUGUGUGACAAAGUAAGUGUUAGGGAUCAGUAGUGGAUUCUAAAUUCUGUAAAUCACCAAGUGGUGAUUAUCAGUGCUAUCUGUCUUCGCGCGCGCUGGCUCCGUGCAAGAAUCCCAGAUCUCUGAAAGGCUGUCUCGAGCAGGUGUUAGCGACGUCAGGGAAUUUCAGGACCCUGCGGCGACGUCUAAAAGAAGCCAAGCAAGGAACGGCGCUGGGUACCCGUUCCUAAAGCCAUUGAACUGACCUUAUUCAGCGAUAGUUUUUCAUUAUGAGCGUAGAAUAACAUAAGAAUGGCGCUAGGAAUUAGUUUAGCGUCUAUCUUCACAUAUCGCAUGGGAUUAUGCAGCGUCUUGUGUAACUAAUAGUGUGCUCAAAGAAACAAAAUAAUGGCUGUGUCAACCAAGUCUUUUUCUCCUUCUAACGUGAAACGAAAACUCAAGUUCUGGAACAAGAAAUCGUUAUCGAUAACCGAGUACGACCCUACAUACAAAGUGAUCUACCUAGGAAACGUUGUAACGCCAUGGGCAAAAGGAGAAAAUUGUGUAGAGAAACCGCUGUCUACUUUGUGGAAAAAUUACUGUUCUAAUGUUAAACAAGAAAUCAACAUGAAAGUUACGGUGUGCAGCUCGGGUAUCAAAGCAGUAACAAAGGAACACGGGCUUACAGAGUAUUGGGCCAACAGAAUAACGUUCUGUACUCACAAUCCUCAUUAUCCACGGGUAUUCUGCUGGGUGUAUCGGCACGAGGGUCGGCGGAUGAAACAAGAGCUGCGGUGUCACGCGGUUCUGUGUACAAAAGACGAAAAGGCUCAAACAAUGGCAAUUCAACUAAACCAAAAACUUUCCGCAACUCUUCAAGAAUUUCGUCGAGAAAAGCUCAGUCGACAAAAGGCGCGAUUGUCUCUAGCAAACACUGCUGUUGACCAUCCAAGUCUUCCUCGAAGGAAACAGCUGUUGAUUACUGGGACAAUAAACUUUAGACCUCCAAUGGAACGCUCAAGGAGUGCCCCCAAAUUAACAUCCAUCGACGAGAUUGAAGAGGAGCUGGAAGAAGAGGAAGAUGACUUCGAGGACUUGAUGAGUGGCUCGUUGGUUUCAGAACAGGAGUCAACGUCUGACAUUGUACCAGAUGAUAUAGACACUCUGUCGGACCAGUAUCUGGUUAUGGGCAGAGAGAGCGAUUCGCUCGACUCAGAUUCCGUGGAGGAGGUUCCCAAUCCUCGUUCUCUUAAACCGCUGAACUCAAUAGAUGAAGAAACGGACAAUAUCUCUGAUGAGUCUGGCUACUCAGAAGAGAAAGAAUACGUUUCGAGAAUGUAGUACACGAUACUUCCAGACUUCAGCCAAUCUCUCAGGAAGAAUCGUUUAAAAUGGAGGUGUAAAUAGUGUAAAAAGUGUGAUUCGAUGCUACUUCCUUUCCCACUCGAGAAAUGCUUGUCAUCUUUUCUUUUUUCUCUCUCUUUUUAACUAAUUCUGUAGGUAGGUAUGGCUUUCCCAUAGCUUUUAGUGGACAAAUGUUAGCGAUUUUUCUUCUUUAAGUUCCACAUAUUCAUGCUACUAGCUUAAAAUUGUGGUUUUUGAACGAGGAGUAAACAAAUAAAACCUUUUAAAGCAUAAAAUAAUUUCACAUUUGGUACAUCGUUGUUUAUUCACCAAAAAAAACUUCAGUGUUUUAUCAAAUCUUAUCUCCAGACUGGUCACGAUACUACCGAAUCAAGUGUUUGAGAACGAGAGUUAUUAUGAAAAGUUACGGUGGUGUGUGCUAUGAAUCAAGUAAUUUUCGCUUUGUUGGUGUUGGCGCACAAAAAUAUAUGAGGUUUAUAUGACCAUGACAAACCUGAUGUUUACCCUCUAAUUAUCUUGCUUGCUCUGUUUAUUAACGUUAAGCUACACUUGUCGAUAAUGAUGUAAUCAUAUCUUUAUAUGUGUGUGUGUUUACAUAUAAUAUAAUAUAAGUGUCUCCAGUUCGCUGCAGUUCGGAACUUUGGAAGUCUAAUAUUAGGCCUAAUAAACUCUCUGAGCUGUUGCCACGUGUAUUAAAGUUAUAUAAAAACUAUGUCUUACAAAAGUUAGUUCAUACAUUCAGUCGUUUACAGAUUUUAAGAUAGUCAAGUAGAUGUCCAAAAGCUAAGUUCAUUUGUGUUAUACGAAAUUUAAAGGCAGUCUUUUUGCUCCUUUAUUAUUAAGCACAAAGCUACACAAUGGGCUAUCUGUGCUAUGCCCACUGGUGGGGUAAAGGUAGAUGUAAUUUGAUAUUUAAGUAUUCCCCAAUUCUCGACUUGCUCAUUUAAAUAAAUUAUAUAUCCAAAACGUACUAGAACGAUGCACGUUCCCGUUACAGAAAUGUAUGUGGGAAAUAACAAGAAAAAAUUACUACUGGUUGAGGAAUCAACGAAAUUUCGGAAAUUAAUUCUUUUUUUUUACCAUUUUUAAUAUUUUUUGUACUGUAUUUGUUAUCGUAUGUGUAAGUGUAUAUAACCCCUCAUUUAUCUAGUCUGGGUCUCAGACUGAAUUUCAUUUAUUGUCGUUCAAAUGUUUUGAUAUUUAAUGAAUGCAAUAAAUGGCUUUUGUCAUUGUACGUUUUACGUACUGCAUUAUAACACUUACGUAAAAAAGAACUAUACACGAGUUGUUAAAGGGGUAAAAAAAAAAAAACUUGUUUAUCCUGAAAUUAUGAUUUCCAUUAUAUUUCAAAUGAUAUAAACAUUUCUGUUGACACAGAUAAAUCGAGAAAACUUAUUUUAUUGGUUUUAAUUUUUUACCAAAUCAUGCUUCGUAUUGUCCAAUAUUAAUUUCCAACAUUUUAAUUUCUAGGUUAACUUGCACAUAUCUUCAUAACCAUUAGUGUUUAGGACUAACUACCAAUAAUCUAUAAUUUUUAACAUUACUCAAAAAUCUCAUUUAGUGUUCCCUAACUGUAUUGUAAGUGCAACAACAGUACAGUCAUUGUUGUGAGAGACAAUUAUCGAAAUGCUCUUGUAUUAUAUAGGUUUAAUUAUGCCCCCCGCAAUGAUCGAACCCCGAACUUUAGCGUUACAAGCACGCAAGUUUUUAAUGAAUGCAGCGAAGAUAGCCAUUUGUGCACCUUUGAGAUUUAACGAUACUUUAAAAGACUCCAAGACAGUACAAAAGUACAAAAUUAUGAGUGCCUAAAUCGAGACGAAGCACUUUAGCCAAACAGUAUAGAUUUUGAAAAAAACGUUAAUACAUCCGCAGUUGCUUCAUAUGUUUAAGAAAUCACUUACCUCAAAGUUCUAAGCUAUAGUUAAUGUAAAAUGAAAUGGUUUUCUUAGGCAAACGCUUUCUUGUCUUUAGAAAAAACGAAUAGUUAAAGACAGCUUCCUUAUUAUUGAAAUCACACGAGGUACAAUAAUAACUUUAAUAUGAUAGUUAAAUACAUGAAUUAUUGUACAAAAAAAAAAA